CAGAAAAUUCUUCCGUUGGAGACAGAAUCGGGACAUUGUCAAUCAUAGACGAUUCUAAAAAUAACUCCUAUGAAUAUACUAUUGUAAGUCAAGUGGGGGUUUUUGGAAUCGAGGAAGAUGCCCUUAUUGUUAGAAACAAUACUAUGCUUGACUUUGAGAGGUGCCCAUUUAUAUUGGUAUCAGUUAAGGCCACUAGGAUUGACAGUCAGACAAAAUUCACCAAGCAAACCUUCAACAUUUCUGUCAUUGAUGUUAACGAACCGCCACUUAUCAUCAUUGUUGAACUGAACAACAUACCAGAAAACAGUCAAAUUGACAAACCAGUUAUAGCAUUUCGAGUAGAAGAUCCGGAUUUGAUGUCAUCAGUUACGUGUUUGGCUAGAAGUGACACGUCCAAUUUCACUAUCAU